AUGUCUCAACGCUCACUAGAAUGGGAUCCACAGUAUCAGCGAUGGCUUCAUACUGAAUGGGACGCACCGAGCCAACAAUACUACCGGCUGCAUUAUGUUGAAUAUACGUUUCAUGUCCGUGAUAUUACAUUCUUCGAGGUCGGCAAGGUUUUUGCUAUACUUUUUACUGAGCCUGCGGGGGCUAACGCGCGAGCUAUGCAAUACAAUGACAGCGUAACCUUGGUCAAGUACAACGAACAUGCAUAUACGCAAAUUAGGAGAUUCGUAGUUGUAAAGCAAAGGAGAGAAUUCUGUUUCGCCUGCCCAAUCUUCACUUAUGGUAACCAGGGCACGAAGAAGUCUGGUGUUGUUCCCGAUGAGCACGCAAUUGCAUAUAGUUAUGGAUUUCAACCACAGCUAUUGCGUGAUGAAACCCCCUUAAGUAAAGAUCCGAUAUGCAUAGUAAUGGAUGCUGGCGAGCGUCCUCUUCCUGCGGCGAGUCGCAUCUAUUUUGCGAUCCAUCAUCCAAUCCAGUAUAACGUCAAGGUCAAAUCCCUUGGCUAUGUUCACCCAGAUGAUCUGCCAAUGCUUUUGGCUUACUGGAGAAUGGAACUUGGGGAGAAGUCAGAUUUCACUCCUUCUGUAGCUUCCACCCCCUCAGUACAAGCAGGUGGAUCUGGUUUUGAGGAAGUUCGAAAUCCCCACAUGUUCUUCAAACCUGCCAGAGUCUUCAUGACACCAUGGACGGAACCCGAAGGAUUCUCUGGGCAGAUGUUUACUGAGACAGCCAGGUUUGUCGUGGUCAAGUCUGGCCCCACAUUCUCUGUAUGUCUUCGUAUCAGUACCUACUCAGGUCAAGCUACGUCGAAACCGGGUGUUAUUGCGAGCCACCAUGCAGCCGUUAUACCCCAAGGCGGAACUGUCACCUAUCACCCACACGAGGAAGAACUUGUUAAUCCUCCUAUUGAGAUCAAAGUCGAAAAUGACGAUGUUGACAUUGAUCCAAUGGCUCGCAUCAACUUCGCAAAGCCGUACACUGUUGAGCACAACAUCUGGAGAUUCAACUACGAAUAUCGGUCUUCUACAAUGGCAGAGCUGCUGGCUAUCCUUGGUGGUGCGGCUGCCUUUACACAGUUGCUCCACUACGGAUGCGCAUCUAUUGGUACUACUUCAGCCUUUUUUUGUAGUAUACGCCAUGCGGCAGAUGAAAUCGAUACCUGGAUGCACCAUUCUUCCUUAAUGAUCAAGAUCCUUGACGACAUUGAAAACGCACUCGUUAAUCAUGGCUCCAACGCGAUACAAAUGCUGGACCGUUGUCGCAUGGACGUAGCAAAGCUACAGUCAUUGCUACGGCAAUUUCGAAGAAGCGAACCUGCGAGACGGCGAACCAAGAUAUCGGAAAGCUUGUUCGUGGUGCUAAGAAAAGAAGAAAUCGAGCAUAUUAUGUCGUCAUUUCAGAAUAACUUCGGUAUCCUUACCUCGUACUGUACAGUGGUAGCUGUUAGCCAAGGAGAGUUCAAUCCGAAGAUGAACAUACAACCGGAACCUCAGGUUCCAAGGAGCUGUCAUCAGGACAUGAGAUCUGUGAUAUACACACUCAACGUUGCAUUCGGCGCGAAUUUUACGCGAGUGCAGAAACUUCAUCGUGGUCAUGCGCUCAACGUACAUGUCUCUACAAUACUGGAUACGACGAUGCAGUACCCGGCUGACGAAGACGUAUGGCAAUACCUACGCGUCUUGAAUGUCCUCGCCAUAUUCAAGACAUGGUCCGCUACCAUACUGCCGGCUUGCUUCGAGGCCAUGACUGCUUUGUCUGGUAAGGAGGCUGUUGCACAUGCGCUGAAUGGUAAUAUUAGCACGGCCUUCCGAUCAUUCCGCCGCCUUCAUCGCUCCCGUACAAAAACUCUUGGCACAUCGGAUCUCUGUACUUUGCACAGCCUGAACGGGCUAGGGUUGAUACAUCAUGCCAUGGGAAAUGUUCGUGAGGCAGUACAGCACCACAAAAGCUGCUUCCAGUCGAAAAGUGGGUUACUAGGACCUGAAGACCCCGAUACGCUAGUUAGCGCGAACAACCUCGGAAUCGCUCUGCUGAGCCAGGGAAACAACGAUGCGGCAAAACAACUCUUCGAUAAAUCCCUCACAAGCUGGUCGCAAGCUUACGGUGCUGACGACCUCUUCGUCAUCACGGCAAGAAGCAACCAGGGCAUCGCGCUUCAUUUCCAGGGCAAACUCGACGAGGCUGAGCACAGCCAUCGCUACGUGUACAAAAAACGCCACCGUAUCUUAGGCCCACACCAUCACGAAACGGUCAAAAGCCAAGCGAAUCUUGCUAUCACGCUCAAUGAACGAGGGCAUCAUGCAGAAGCAGAGGCACUAUAUCGUGAAGCUCUCACCAUAUUCCAGGCAAAACUUGGGGAAAUGCAUCCAGAUACACUGAAAACACAUACCAACCUAGCUACUGCCCUUCAUGACCAGGGCAAGUUCAGACAAGCGGAAAUCGUCGUCGCUUCAGCUGUCCCACUUAUGCAAAAGAAGCUUGGGGCGACGCACGUCGAAACCUUGGGGGCUCUAGAAUUCCGCGCCAUUCUCCUACAACACCUAGGGAAGUUCUUGAAGGCCCAUAGUCUUGCCACAGAACUAUACGAGGUGCGCGAGAAGAAGCUCGGAUUCUAUCACGAUGACACACAAAGGAGUCUGCAGCAUGUGAGAGACUUGGCAGAGGAUGUGGAAGAGGCGCAUGUCAUGCGCAGGUUUCCUUCGGCACUUCCGGUCGCUAUUUGCUAG